AUGGCAUCAAACUCUAAAAGCUCGAGCUCGUCAUGGACGUUUAAGCAGAACAAAUUGUUCGAGAGAGCCUUGGCAGUUUACGACAAGGACACCCCCGACCGAUGGCAGAAUGUGGCAAACGCUGUCGGAGACAAAACAGUAGAGGAAGUGAAGCGUCACUAUGACAUCCUCGUCGAAGAUCUCAUCAACAUCGAGCUCGGUCGUGUUCCUUUGCCUAAUUACAAGAACGUCGAAUCUAACUCUAGAGGCACCAAUGUCUUCGACAAGAGGGUAAAGAAGAAUGUGAAGGUCUCACAUUAA